UCCUUGCUUCUGUCUGUCUGUCUUCCUAGAGCCAGCUAACACCAGAGCAUAGAACACCGGGCAGCAGAGCACGAAGCAGGGAUGGCCGCUAAGCUUGCCAUUCUCGCGGUACUCGCGCUGCUUGGUUCUUUGUCAUGCCAAACGACCUACGGCUACGGCUACGGCGGCGGCAAUCCUCCCCCGCCGCCACCGUCAAAUCCUCCGACUAGCCGGAGCCCGCCCACUUAUCCUCCGAGCAGCCCUAGCACUUAUCCUCCGACCGGCCCCAGCCCGCCUACUUAUCCUCAGGCCGCCCCUAGCCCACCUGCCGCAGGGCUGAGGGUCGGAUACUACGACGACAAGUGCCCCAGGGCAGAAGCCAUCGUGAGGAGGGCCGUGCGCGGCGCCGACGCCGGCGUCAAAGCAGGGCUCGUCCGUAUGUUCUUCCACGACUGCUUCGUCCGGGGCUGCGACGCCUCGGUUCUGCUCAAGCCGACCGAAGCCAACCCGCAGCCGGAGAUGCUCGGCAUCCCGAACCUGAGCCUGCGUGGCUUCGAGGUGAUCGACAAGGCCAAGGCGGCGCUCGAGAAGAAAUGCCCUGGUAUCGUGUCCUGCACCGACAUCCUCGCCUUCGCCGGGCGCGACGCCAGCUACUUCCUCAGCAGCUACGCGAUCGACUUCAAGAUGCCCGCGGGCCGCUACGAUGGGAACGUGUCCCUCGCAAGCGAGACCCUCCCCAACCUGCCCCCGCCGUUCGCCGACGUCAAGCAGCUCAAGGACAUGUUCGCCGCCAAGGGCCUCGACACCGUCGACAUGGUCGUCCUCUCCGGCGCGCACUCCAUCGGCCGCUCCCACUGCUCGUCUUUCUCCGGCCGCCUCCCGCCCAGCAACACCUCGGACAUGGACCCCACGCUCGCCGCCAAGCUGAAGGGUGAUUGCGUGUCGCCGAACGGCGCCGACAACACGGUGAUGCAAGACUACAAGACCCCCAACGAGCUGGACAACCAGUACUACCUGAACGUGCUCAACCACAAGGUGCUCUUCGCGUCGGACGCCGCGCUCCUCAAGGCGACGGACACGAUGCGGCUGGUGUACGCCGCCGCGGCCUCUCAGAAGCUGUGGCAGUACAAGUUCGGGGAAGCCAUGGUGAAGAUGGGCGGCAUUGAGGUCAAAACCGCCGCCAAUGGGGAGAUCAGAAAGAUGUGCGGCUUCGUCAACAAGGCGUAUUGAUCAGGUUGAUCAGACGACCCAUCGCGCAUUAUUCUUGAACCUCGACGCCUGAGAUUUGAGAAUCAUUAAGGUCCUACGUACCUUUGUGUACUAUUUGAGUGUCUUUUUCUUUUUCUUUUCAACACCUUUGGUUCUUUACCUUUUCCCCUACUGUUGCCGUGUUGCCUCAUUAUUCUGUUGCAUGCUUUUAUGCUGGAAAUUUGAUAUGUAUACCAUAUUUUAAACUCCAGAUGAUAUUGAAAUGAGAUUUAUAACA